CUUGAACCUUUGGACAGUGGAGGUCAGUGUUGUGAAGAUGAGUUUGGUAGGAGGAUACUCGAUGCCGCAGACUUACGGCCAUGCCACGAUGGGGCACACGCCUUCCCCCGAGGCACUAUACUCGCCUUACUAUUCCCACCCGAGUCCCCCCGGGCAGGCGCUGUACCCAGGCUGGGGCUAUUCUCCCCCAGGCUACUCUCCAGGGUAUUCGUCCGAGGUAGCCGUAGCCUGUCAGGAAUAUGGCGUGUCCGGAGGCUUUGUCGUGGGUCCCGGUUCCCCGCACGACCUCGGGGGCGACUACACAAUUGAAAUGGUGGACGGCUGCGGCCGCGUGGUGAAGCGAAGGUCGUCGGCCAACAAGAAGGAGCGUCGGCGCACCCAGAGCAUCAACAACGCCUUCGCGGAGUUGCGCGAGUGCAUCCCCAACGUCCCGGCCGACACCAAGCUCUCCAAGAUCAAGACGCUGCGCCUCGCCACCUCCUACAUCGCCUACCUGAUGGAGGUCCUGCACACGGAGGACUCCAACCCCGCCCCCCCGCCCGAGCCCUUCCGCGCCGACCUGCCGCCCAGAACCAGACCCUCGCAGCCCAUCCCCGCCGAGCACGAAAAGGUUGCCACCUCCGUCGCGCCCGCUUCCCUCUCCUCCAGCCCAGAGACCAAGCGUGGGCGUACAGGCUGGCCCCAAGAGGUGUGGGCGCAGGAACUGAAGAAGUAGACACGCCCGCCACGUCCUCUGAAGGAAGAAGAGGGCGGCAAGAGAUAUAUUCCCUCAGUGUGAAAGAUUUUAAUGCGUUAAGAACUAUUAGAGGCUAAUGAUGAAAUGCUGAGCCAAGAUGGACAUUUAAAGAAAUCGUACGAAACCUUAAGAUUAAUUAAGGUUAUAGCCUCAGCACAUGUACUUAAGUGUUGUUUGUAACAUCCAAAAUAUCUGUCUAAGACAUCGUAUGAGAGACAGAGAGAGAGAAAAAAAAAAAAACACUGUAGAGAAGAACAUAUCUUUACAACCUGUGUUCCUGAUGUAUAUAAGCAAUCAUAGGUUUAGAUUCACGAUCCCCACCGAAGACAGAACAUUCCAGAACGAAUCGAUACCAGAGUUCAAAAUAGCGGGACCACAAGCGCACCACUGAUACCUGGCUGCGUCCUCACUGCUUCCUCCUGAUCCUCCCGCAUCGCCGUGCAUCCCCAGCGCGGUUCGUAACCUGCGCCUGAGUGUCCACCCGGCCGCCUGCACGAUACACGAAUACACAUGUUGCAGAGCUCGUGCCCAACCCCUUGAUGCCCCCAUACACCUCUACCGCCCACGCCCACCGCCCCACCAGCAGUCAACAGCGUCGUCAGCAGUCACCAUGAAGAGAGCCGUCACCUUCCACGUCGCCCGUGACACAAACAACUCACUUCCCCUUCGCUGGGAUUUCACCUCUUCGACUACAUGAGGCAAAGAACCGAAACGUCGAGGAUACUUGACAACGGCCCCAGACACAUCCCGCGGCGACCCUCCUUCUGGUACAAGCUGUCCAGCUGUUUCCACAGACGAUUCAGGGAAUUCUCCAAAUAAAGAAGGUCUUGACGAAGUUCUUUUCGUCUUUGGUUCCUGGUUUGCAAUUGCACCGAGCAACAGCCACCGAUAGUCAGUUCACCAGAGCUCAUCAUGCAACAGAGGUCGCGGUCCCAAACAGUUUUAUUUUGCUAUGUACUUAUUCAUUCCAAUUGGCUUGACUAUUUGAUCUUAUCGUAUCACAUUAAGAUGUAUUUAUUGUUUAUUACGCAUGUAUGAGCGCCCGCCCUCGACAUAUAUAGCUGUGGAAGCCUGUGUUGUAAAGUUUUUGUUAAUUUCGGUAUUUUUGUUUCGUUAAGACGAAUGUAAAACAAACGUCUCUAUCAUCAAGGAGCGUUUUUCAAAAUCAUUUCUAGCUUUGUAUCUUUUAAUUAUGACAUAAUUUUUGUUUCCUUUGCUUUAGAAUGGGUGUCAGAACAGCUAUUAUUGAGAGGUUGUUAUUGUACAAACUUGUUCUUGUUAUUUGUAUAUUUUGAGAGUUUGGUCAGAGAAAGAGAGAGAGAAAACAAAUAUGGAUAGAGAUGAGACAAGUGGUCCAAUCCCACCCUAUCAUUUUGGACGAAAGUUUAUGCAUUUAACGAAGUGAAUUUCGCAAAAUACAACGAACGUAGAUUGCCAAGGAUUGCAACCACAUUGUCUCUUUCCCUUCCAAGGUAGACAGACACAUGGAAAACAGCGUGUGUGUAUUUGAUUUACUUAUGUACUUGUAGCGUAGGUCGUGAUAAGUAGAUAUUGAAAGGUCGAUGGGUAGAUACUAAGUGGACAGGCCUUGUAAGGAACCUUCGAAAUGUUUUACUUCGGUGAGAGAUGCUCGCUAUUUUAUGAAAGGGAAAUAGAGAAAGAAAGAGAGAAAGGAAUAGAGAGCGAGAGCGAGAGUAAGAGUAAGAGUAAGAGUAAGAGUAAGUGUAAGGGUAGGUGUAAGAGUAAGAGUGAGAGUGAGAGUGAGAGCAAA